AUUUUAACUUAAUUAGCAAUUUCAACAAAUGGAUGAUUUUGAUUUAUUCCUUGACUCGUGCAUGAAUACUCGUACCGGAACAUAGUCAUAGUAUUGUAUAAAUAAAGCAUAAACAGGUGAAUGUUGAAUAACUUAAAUAAAUUUGAAUCAAUUUUGUUGAUUUUACGCGGUAUGGUUGGAAAUAGUAAAGAUGGUAAUUUUUAUGUUUAAAUUGAGUGCGAAUUGUUAAUGGAAAUGUGUUAAAUUGUAAAUGUUGUGGUUUUUAAGUGAAAAAGUUACUUUAUUUGAGAUGUAUUGAUGAAACAAUGAGAAGUAAGGAUUUUCUUGUGUGUUAAACGCUAUAAAAUGUUGUAAUGCAUUGAUUUAUUGUUGAGUUCUGAAGAUAAUUUAAUUCUGGUCGUAAAUUGUGAUGUUUAUAAGCUACGAACAAUAUUCAACAGCCAUGGAUUUACUUCUGACAUAUAACACAAAGUAUGGUCGUUCCUCCAAGUACACCACGCAGACGGUGCGCAUCGAGACGGAAAUCGAGAAAAAUCGUGAAGAAGGUAACUGGGCCAAAGUCAUCGAGCUUGCUACAUCCCUCAAAGAAAAAUCAAGUGAAUUUGAAUAUUUAGCAGAGUUCCUCAUUGGUGAAGGUCGAUUGGAAUCAUAUCUGGAGGAAAAUCCGCCUGUGGAUGUUAAUAUAAACCGUGCAAAGUUGGGUUUGAUUGAGGCCAAAAGAUAUCUGCAACAGGCAUCAAAUGAAAAUGGGAAAAGAGCUGGAGUUGCACUUGAUGCUUAUUUAUUACUUGGAAAACUGCAUUAUGCUUGUGGAGGAUAUGCAGAUGGGAUAAAGAGCUUCAAAUUGGCAGAGUUACAUACUCUACCACAGAAAAAACUACCUUUGAGAAGUUUAAAAAUGGUUGCGGAAUCCUAUGCAAUCAAAGGUCUGUGUCUUCAAAAAGACACAUCAGCCACAACUAAAUUCAAAAAAGCAGAAAAAGAAGAAGAAUUAUCGAAGUGUUUUGCAAUAGCUUCGGAUUUGGCGUUGUUAUACAUGCAGGAAGUGGACAAACAACAAAACUCGUCAUUUUCAAACACAGGAACGUUGUCAUCAGGCACACACAGUCCACAACCGCCUGCAAUGAACAAAACAUUAAAUCCUUGUUUAGAGGUAGCGUUAUUACAAGCACCUACAACUUUAAUAUCACAGGGAAAGUAUAAAGAAGCAAUGGAGAGAUAUCGCCAGAGUUUAGGGGCGAUUGAAAGCCAGGGAUGUGGAAAUGUACGAUUAAAAAUGCUGUGUCAAUUUGCUGAGUUUUUAAUGCAUGGACAACCUACACAAGGACAGGAAUACGAGUCGCCUACAAAUGGACAAACUACAAAUGCAUGGAAACCGAAAUUCUACAAUGGAAUGAAUCAAUUUGUUCCUAAAGUUGACUGUGAAGAAGUAAUCCUCCUUCUACUAGUUGCCGAAGCAAUGGCGGUGCGUUCCGCAGUCCUCUCCCAAUCACCAGACUUCAAAGACAUCCGCCUUGCGGCUUAUCAAGACGCCGCCGCUGUUUAUGACCUCCUAGCUUUAGCAGCAGUCCGAUGGGGACAGGUAUCCCUCCUACAAGAAUCGUUGGAACGCGCGAUGAAAUUCUCCUUCAACGAGCCGCAUCUCUGGCGUCAACACGCGCUGUGUUUAAUCUCAUGCGGGCGUUACGAUCAUGCGCUCGUGGUACUAAAAGAAGUCAUCAAAUUGGAACCCACAAUCGCCACGAAUUGCCUACUCGCUGCGAAAAUCUGCUACGAAAACCUCAAUCAACCAACUUUGGGUACUGAAUUCAGCACUCAAGCGAAAGACAUCGAACAUAAACAUCCGACAGGUCUACUAGGACGUUGUCAUAUGUUCAUGGGAAUCGGGUUUCACUUACAAGCGAGAUGUUUGAUGUUGAAACAAGAACGCGUUGAUUUAAACAAGCAAGCAUUGGAGAAUUUCGCUAUGGCGACUGAAUUAGAACCAAAUGAUCAUCUUUGUAAAUAUUACAUGGGUUUACAACUCGCCGUGACGGGGAAAAUCCCGGAAGCACUUGCAAAUGUCGGCGCAGCAUUAAACCUACAACCUGAGAAUUCAUCUUCACUGCAUUUACUUGGUUUGUUAUUAUCUGCGAGUGGUAAACAUGAAGAAGCUCUACAAGUGAUCGAAGCAGCCAUUGAAGAAUACCCUGAUAGUUUAAAUCUUAUGUAUGUGAAAGCACAUCUUGAAUUACACGAGAAAGGCGGUGCGCGUGCGCUGAUCACCGCUAAAAACAUGUUGGAACUAUGGAAGAAUAUGUACGAAGGAACUUCAUCUGAUGUGCCUGAAUGUGAUAGAAAAAGCGAUACAAGAUCAGUUUUCCAGUUAUAUACAUCAGAAAUGUCUGAUAAAGACUCUUCUUCACUUCAGGCACAACCUCUGUCUGCAUCCAUAGCUGCUUCACGUGUAGAACAAGCGUUAAGUGAGGUUGCAUCGUCGGUUUCUUCGUUUAAUCCACGCCCAGGCCCACAACGCGCUUAUCUUUUAUUAUUAGAAGUGUGGUUGUUACUUGCUGAGAUUUAUCUCUGCGUUGAUCAACCUGAUGAUGUAUUGAAGUGUAUACAGGAAGCUAGUCAGAUAUUCCCUCUGUCGCAUCAUAUUCUGCACAUGCGCGGGUUACUCCAUAUGUAUAAUAAGCAAUGGUCGGAAGCUAAGUUAUGCUUCCAGAAUGCAGUUGCCAUUAAUCCUCAACAUGUGAAAUCAUUACAACAAUUGGGUUUGGUUUAUCAUUAUCUAGGUCUGCAGGGGUUAGCGGAAACCACAUUGAGAGAGGCAGCGAAGGUUGAUCCUAGUAAUCACUAUACUUGGUAUAAUUUGGGGAAAGUUCUGGAGUCCUUGGGGGAAUAUGAAACAGCGAGUUCAUCAAUGGCGACAGCACUCACCGUGGAACGAACGAGUCCGAUUCUUCCGUUUACUUCGGUGCCAUUGUCCUUCGACUAGACAAUGUAACAGGAUUCGUUGUAAUUAGACUUAAUUAACCUUUGAUGAUAUUCUGGGCGUGGGAGUAAUGGGGUGUCGUGUUUGAGUAAUUUCCGCGUAGUUUCAACAUGAAAUAUUAUUUUACUCACUUCAAUGAUUAGUUGAAUUAUUUUCUUGUUGUUUGAAAGAAAAUACCUUGUAUAUUAUCGAUCCACAGCAUUGCAUUGUUUAAUAUUGUUAACAGUUAGGUAAUAUUUAUUGUAUAUACUUGUUAUAUUGCUGGUUGUCGUGCGCCAUUCGCAUUAAAAUCCAGCCGGAUUUCUGAUUGUGGUGAGCGCCGAGCGGAAAUGAAAAUGGAAAUAUUCAAUUUUUUCUCUGUUGAGUUAAUGUGCGUUCGCGUGAUACCAGCCAGAGUUAUAAGUGAAUGAAAAUUCAAGGCUAGAGAUUAUUUUGAAUCAUGCGUUGUUUAAUUGUUUAUUGCUUUCUUAUUGAUUUAAUAUAUUCUGACAUUCCAAAUAGACGAAUUUUGCGCGGAAA